AUGUAUAACCAAUCCUAAUCUUUAGAUGAGCAAUCAUCAAUUUUAUUAGAGGAUGAAAUAGACUUUUAAAAUCUAGAAAUGCCAUAACUUACAAGAAGGAAUGGAAGUAUCAAUCAUAAUCAAAAAGUACAGGGAUACAUAAUAUUGGAUUAAAUCCCAUAAAAAAUCUAUAUUUAAGAAUAAUGUCCUAUAUGCUUGGAUUAAGAUAAAGAUUUAUUCCCUUUAAAAUGUGGGCAUACCUACUGUAUGAUUGAUAUUAAAAAAUUAAUCGAAUAAUCCUUGGAAUAGGUUAUCCAAUGUCCAAUAUGUCGAGCAUAUUAGUAUUGUCCUACUUAAAAAGAAUUAUACCAAAAUGAACAUGAAUUCUAAUUCAAUGAUCAUAAAUAAUUAGACUCUAAUUGA